GCUGUUCUUGGGAAAUUUUGGUUACGUUUCAGAAAUGUGAGCGAUAAGUGUGUUCGCGGAUUAUUUAACCCGAAACUUUGAGCGUGAGUAUUGGCACAAUGAAGUCGGACGCCCUCUUCCUUGCUAUCGGUGAAUUCGGUAGAUUUCAAGUUCUGACCAUAUUGUUUCUCACAAUGUUAGGCAUCAUUGGUCACUCAGACUUCUUAACUUAUACAUUGUUUUACAACACGCCCGAACAUACGUGUGUGAUACCAAAACAAUAUCUUGAUAACGAGACACGCAGCUUGAUAUCUGCUCAAAAUUCGACUGUUGACCAAGCAUUCCAGUACAAAGGCAAGGAUGACGAUGAGCUUCUUGAUACUUACUGUAACCACUACAUUACGCCAUAUUUACCUCUAGCUGAUGAAUCAGAACCAGAAACAGUCAAGUGUUCUGAGUGGGAGUUCAAUAAAGGUUACCCAUUUGGAAAAACGUUUGUCUCUUCGUUUGAUAUGCUUUGUCAAUAUAAGUUUCGGAAGGCUUUGGGUCAAUCAUUAACAGCAAUUGGGUUUUUAAUUGGUGCUGUAACUUUUGGAUUUCUUUCUGACCGUUACGGGCGUGUGAAUACACUAGCUCUAGCUGCAUUUUUGAAAUGCAUUUGCAAUUGGAUGCUGGUUGCAGCAGAAGGUGCAGAUAUGCUAUGGCUCUUCUAUAUCAGCUAUUGUUGUGUAUGCGCGUGCUCUCAUGGAUUGUACUUGGUGUUUUUUGUGUACAUAAUUGAAAUAACGGGACCAAGAAUGCGCUUGUUUGCUCCUGCUCUUCGGAACCUGUUUGAAGUUGUCGAGGAAGUGUACUGUUUAGGACUUGUAUACGUUUUUAUGGACUGGACCCACUUCGAAAUGACGCUUGGAAUAUGUGGACUGCUGAUGUUACUAGUUCUCAAAUAUUGUUUCGAGUCACCGCUCUGGUUGAUAUCCAAAGGUCUUGAAACACAGGCAGAAUAUGUGCUGCUUAGAAUAGCUGAAAUUAACAAGCGAACGGUUCCGACUGAACAUAUGCGCAAUUUCAUAGCUCAAGCACUUUCCGAAGAGUACAAGAGUUCAUCAGUGCAAUCUAAUGGGUCUUCACAGUCUGCAUCAGCAGCUCAAAGUUGGACUAGAUAUCUGAAUGUAUACUUCAUAAAGUCAAAAGUAUCGGGGAAGUUGGAGGACUUGAGGAUCUUCGUUAAAAGCUACCCGAACAUAUGCAUCAAAGGCAUUCUCUUCGGAAUCAACUGGUGUGUAGUUUCGGCAGGCUUCUACGCAAUCUUUUUCUCCGUUCCUAAUUUAGGAGGAGACAAGUAUUUCAACAUAUUCCUCAUCAGCGUGAUCGACUACCCCAUGUACUUUUUCUGCUACCUCUUCAUGGAGAGAUUUGGCAGGAAGUUUGCCUACUUGUUGUCCAUGGUGGCCGGAGGUAUGACUGGCCUCCUAAUUAUGAUCUUCAGACACAGUGAUAUAGACGGGAUGGUGACGGCGCUGAGUCUAUUCGGCGCAAUGUGUUUCUCGUCCUGUUACACAAUCAUAUACAUCUGGACUUCAGAAGUGUUUCCAACUCCCAUCCGCAAUUCUUCCAUGGGUUUCUGCUCACUGUGCGGCCGAAUCGGCAUGAGUGCGGUGCCCUUUUUCCUCCUUCUGGGAGUGGCUGCCGAGGCCACUAUGUGCAUGUUGGCAUUCGGAGCCGCCAUUCUGGCCAGUAUGCUGCCAGAGACUAACAAAGUCCAGUUGCCCCAGGCGCUGCAGGAGGGCGAGAAAGUUGGACUCAGUGUCUUACCCGGAGGCCUCAGGUCAUUUGGGGUCAAAGUGCAAAGUGCUUUUAGAAGUAAAUACAACCGCGAAAGCCUCAUUGACGAAACUGUUGAAGUUGAGCAAAGGCGAACACGAAGUAGUGUGGAUGGUAACAGAACUACACAGGGUAAUGGCGAGUUGGGUUUAGAAGUAGUUUCUACUGCUGCAGACAUUCCAGAUGUCAGUUUGACCUCACUUCGAGAAGAGGACAGUCCAGAACUGGUUUUUGUACCGGAAAGCCCUACUCGCAAGGGUAAUGGAAGCAGGGAAAAAGGGCGGGAAGAAACAUCAGACUUUGUUGUGCCAACUGAUUCACAUCAGCGAGAUGAGGAAGACAGCUCUACCGAUCCAAGCAAUUCUACAUUCCAUAUCGAAGUAUGAUUUGUAUUACUUAAUUUCAAGCUAAACUGAAUUAAUUUUGCGCAAUAUUUGUGUCCCAUCACAUUCCGUUUAAAUUAAAUGACUGAGUGUUUCUAAAUUUAUUCAUUCAUUAUCCUAAAAUAAUUCUAUUUUCAUCUUUAUUUCUGCACUAGAUUACUUUCCCGCCAUCUUGUAAAAUGUAAAUAUUCAGUUUGAACCAUCCCAGAAAUUAAUAAAAACAGUUCAUUGACCGGUUUUGUUUCUUGUUUUGACAAUCGAUAAGUUUCACUAACACCCUAUUAAUGUUCGCUCAGGCGAUAAUCAAGUUUGUUGCUCCCGUGUUCUAUACUUUUUUUCCCGUAAAUGAACCUCAUUCUUAGAAGAGUAUAUUUAGAAAGAAAUGUUCAAUAUACAAAUGUACACUUAUAUGUUCCGCCUAUUUGGGCUC